CAACCUUCCAAAGACCCCAGAGCACACAAAGUAGGAGCGCGAUCGCUCCUUUUACGCAUUCAUCAUGCAGGGGUUCAAUAUGGGACGCUACGUCCCUCCCGAACUCGAGGGUACCAUGUCAGCCAAUAAAGUCGCCGGCAAACAUGCUCUAGGCAAGAGGGCCAACAAAAUCAAAGAAGGCAUCCUGACGGUGCGCUUCGAGAUGCCCUACGCGGUAUGGUGUAACCACUGUCCCAAACCGACAAUCGUAGGCCAAGGUGUACGCUUCAACGCCGAAAAGAAAAAGGUCGGCAAUUAUCAUAGUACACCCAUCUGGUCUUUUCGCAUGAAACACCCUGCUUGUGGGGGCUGGAUUGAAAUACACACGGAUCCUCAGAAUACGGCGUAUGUCGUCAAAGAAGGCGGCAAGGCAAGAGAUACAGGAGAAGAUCGAGUGAGAGAAGGAGAAGAGGGUGUACCUAUCCUAUCCGCCGAAGAAAGAGAGCGCAGAAGGCAAGAUGCAUUCGCCGUUCUCGAGGACAAGAAGCAGGACAAGGUACAAGAGAAGGAGCAAGGGAAACGCAUCAUCGAACUACAAGACGUGCGUGAUCAACACUGGGACGAUCCAUACGAAGCGAACAAGCGUCUGAGAAGGACGUUUCGGGCAGAGCGAAAGGUCAGAGAGAAGGAUCACGCUUACUCCGAGGAGCUCAGGGAGAAGAUGGGACUGGAUGUUGAGCUGAUGCCUGAGAAUGAGGAAGACAGAAAACACGCUUUAUUGAUUGACUUUGGCGGUCUAGCGGACGAAGAAAUCAGCGACAACACACUUCGGGUGACCUCACGACCCUUGUUCCAGCAAUCUGUCGACGCAAAAACAUCUUCCAAGGAACCGAAGGCUCACAAGACCAAAGCUGCGGCCGAAGUUGAGCGCAGAAAGCAAGCACUCCAGAAAAAGGUGCGAGACAAUUCGCGUGCAGCAGCAGAUCCUUUUCUGUCUUUCGGAAAUCCAGACACUCGUGCUUUCCGUGCGAUUCCCGGUAUGAAAAGAAAGGCACCUGGCAAUGUCCCAGAACAGAAGGAUGAGUCUGACAAGGUCGAGGUGGUGGAAAAGACGCAACCGGCACCGGCGCUUUCUCUGGUCGCCUACGACUCCGAUUGAUUGACAUUGAACGAGUUAUGAUUGCAUUAUAGGCGCUAUAUACCCAUUUGAAUUCGAUGU